GGCUUAAUGGAGAGAGAGGGGGAGAGAGAGAAAGCAGUUUUAGACAGGUUGAGAGAGAGAGAGAGAGAGAGAGAGAGAAGACAGUGUUCAGGCAGGGAAGACUGGAUCCCCUGGGCAGUAAGGAAGGAAUCGGACAGAUAUAUGGAUGCAUAGCUAACUGGAACCCAGCUGACAUUUAAAGGCUGGGUGAAAGCCCAGAGGGAGGGUCACAUCCCAGCACCUCCACUGCUAGGUAGACAGCGCCGCGGACAGCAGCAUGGUCACUGGAGGCAUCUCCCAUAUGCAGCACUCCAUCAGCAUGUGGGGGGGGGCGUCCCAGUGGCCCUCACACAGGAAGACCGCACUUUGAGCUGCUGGUGAGCCGUGUCUGGCCCGGGAACACGCCCCCAAGCGCGCAUCAUGCUGCCGGCACGGUGGCUUUCCCCUCACACGCGGACCUCGCCCCAUUUCCAGCCCCGAGACACAGACGAACACGACGUUCUGCUCCUAGCCUGCAACGCUGAUGAGUGCUGACUGGCUAAUGGAUUGGAAGGAACUGGCAGCCCAAAAAUUGAAUCUCUCUUCCAAGAGGAAGAAGAGCCACCCUCCUUGGCCCCACACCCAGGGGCCUUCCCUCUACCCAACUAAUUUCCGGGGAAUCCUGCAGCACGCACCACCUGCUGUUCCCCCACACCUCCUCAGGUCAUUAGUCAAGGACAAGAAUGGACCAGGUCUAGGAAAGGUGAAAGUAACAGUCCGCAUCAGUCCUUUCCAGGGUGUCCAUGAUGCCUUUGAGUCCUGUAUCCUUCAGGUGGACUCCUACAAGAAGCAGUUGACUCUUUAUGAGCCAUCCAUGGGGGCACGUGCUAGACAUGGGUACUCAGUGCUGGGUGCCACCAUGUUCAACUUUGAUGCCAUUUUUACUCAGGACAUGUCCCAGGCUGAUCUCUGCUCCGAGACUCUGACAGACAUUAUACAAGCUGUGCUGAAUGGUGCUGAUGGCUGUAUCUUUUGCUUUGGUCAUUCUAACCUAGGCAAAACCUACACCAUGGUUGGGGGAGACAGUUCCACACAGGGCCUGGGAAUAAUGCCAUGCAGCAUCUCCUGGCUGUUCACGCUCAUUGCCAAGCGGCAGGAGAAACUGGGCACGCACUUCUCUGUCCACGUGUCUGCCGUGGAGAUCAGCGGCGAUGAGGAGAUUCUCACAGACCUGCUCUCUCACAUGGUCUGUGAGGGCCAGGCCGAUAUCUCCUCUAAGGGGGUCCAUCUUAAGGAAGACCCUGUCUGUGGCUCACAGUUGUUGAACCAGAGCAAGCUGCAGGCCCCCAGUGCUGACCGAGCUGCGCUCUACUUGGAUUCGGCACUGGCGGCACGCAACGGGGACAAACGCCACAACUCUCACCUGCUGUUCACCCUGUACAUCCAGCAGCAACCCCUGGAUCAGGCCGCCACGGCAGGAAGGGGUCAUAGCUGCCUGCACAUCAUCGACCUGGGAAGUGGAGGGAUGUUCCUGAACCAGCGCCAAGAUAGUCAGUGCCUGUCGCUGGCAGCUGUGGGAAAUGUCAUUCUCGCCCUAGUUAGCGGGGCCAAGCAUGUACCGUACAGGGACAGUAAGCUGACGAUGCUGCUGAGGGAAUCACUGGGGAACGUUAACUGCCACACUACCAUGAUUGCCCACGUCUCGGCCCAUGCAGAGCAGUACAGCGAGUCGCUGUCCACGCUACAGCUGGCCUCCCGCCUCUACCAUGUGGGCAGGACACAGCCUAAGUGCUCCUCCUUGACUGGGGAAGGCUCAUAUGAAGAAAGUAUAAUCCUCCACCCUGCCAAAAUGAAAGCCUUUCACCUGCCAAAUGUGACCCUGGAUGCAAAGUUUGCCAGUAUGCCGCUGUAUGACAGGGACCACACCUCCAGCAGACAGCAGCCCUAUGACACUGUGAUCUAUGUGGGGCCUGGGGGAGCUGUCAUCUCAGACCGGGAGCUUUGCGAAAACGAGGCCCCCUCUUCCUUCGUCCCCAUCAUCCCCUCUCUGAACCGGAAGCAGGUCAGAGAGUUGCCACUGGUGGAAGGAGACCGCUUCAAAUGCAGCACGUUUGCAGAGCUGCAGGAGCAUCUUGAUUAUAUGGAUGGAAGGGACAAGCCCACAGGCUGUGGAGGGAACAACGGGUCCCAGGUAGCCCCUGGGACAGAGAGCAGGAUGACUAAACCUGUCGGGGUGGCGGCUCCUUCUCUUAGAGCCAAUAAAGCUUCCUUAUUGAUGAGCAAUUCCCUGCCACCAAGAGACUUUGUAGCAGCCAGAGGCUUCCCCCUCAUGGAACAGCAUGCACGGCCGAUACUAACCUGUGAUAGAGCUGACAGGGGAUUACCUUUUGGUUUUAGACUAGUGAAUACAGACAAGGAUAGGCUACAGGCUUCUGACAGUCAUUCUGUCAUGUUUAAACAUAGGAUAGUGUCACAUGACCCUGAGCCAGUGGUCCGUGAGAAGGUCCACUCUAAUAAAAGGCGCCAGACUCCAUCCAAACAGAAAAGCCCCAUAAAAUCCACAAGGUCUCCCCCAGUAGGCAUGAGUCAUCCAUCUCAGAAGACUGAGCCCAGAGGCUCCCUGAUGGUGAAUGUAGGUCAUCAAGCGAGCCACAGACCUGUGGAGGUAAGGUGCUUUGACAGGGACAUGUUCAAGACAACGGUAACGCUACAGCAGCCAGUUGAGCUGAACGGUGAGGAUGAGCUUGUGUUCACUCUGGUGGAGGAAGUGCCCCUUAGAGGCAUGGUGGAGCAGGGACAUCCCUCUGGCUUCAUGAGUCUUCAUAGUGAUUGUUCCUGGCAGGCCUUAGCCUUCCACUCCCGCCCAGUCAGUAUUAUCACAAGUAUCAACGAUGAAUAUGACAAGUACAUCUCUCAGGUGGUUGCUUGUGGACCUAAGACUAAUGCUGUCCCAAAUUUCCAGGGAAAAUCAGGCAGUAAACAUUCCUCUGGCAGGAUCAAUAAAGACAAUGAACUCAAGUUAAAGAACAAAGAAGCUCACGCCUCAUUUAUCGCCUUGCCCCAACCGCACUAUGUUAUCCCAGAUGAUGCUUUCAACUUAGAUUCACUCUUCCAACAAGAAGUCAAAAUCUCACUGAAUGACAGGGAUUUGUAUUUAAUAGAGCCUAAUAAGCACAGUACUGUCUCCUGCAAGCCUUCCAUAGGCAUGACUAAAUGUCACUAUAUGCAAGUGCCAGAGUCUACCAAAGUGUCUGCCAAAGGACCUCGUGCAACUAAGGCAAACAUUAUUCACUCUACGCAGCACUCAAAUAACCUGCAAUCUGACCUGCCUAGGAAAAUCAAACCUACCUCACUACUUGCCCAAGGCAGCAACAAUAGUAACUAUGGGCUACAGAUGCCUGACAAUGGCUCCUGGCUAUUACUGGACAAUGUGACAGAUUCAAAAAGAGAUUCUGGUAGGAAGUUCUUCCGGAAUAGUAUGAAUGGCAGCUCCUCCAGGAAACAAAGUAUGGGCGGUAGCACAAAUCGAGCACGAAGAGGGCAAGCAACAUCUGCAUCACAAAGGGUGAUUGAUGGCUCUGAGAGGUCACGAAGUAAGAAAAAUAAAGUUGGAGGCAGGAUUCCCAUUCUUCACCCACUGGGCACAGUUCCCAUUAUUUACAAAUCUCAUUCCAAAGAGAAUCAAGACAGCUCGUCGGGAAGUGGAAGUCUGAGGUUUUCAUUCUUUGAGAAGAGUGCAAAUGGACAGAAAAACAAUAUGCCUUCAAAGCCGGGUUACAUCCCUGUUAUUGCUCCAAUAGUUAGCAACUUUGAGCAGCCAACACAGAUCUUAAUGCCUGCUAGUGCCUUAACAUCUGUAAGCAGGGAAGCAGGAAAAUCUUCAGCGUUCAAAGUAUCAGCUUCAGAUAAACAAUCUGACUUAUGGUACAAAGAGCACUCUAGUAGCUAUAAAUCAUCCAACUCACAUAAAACAGCAUGCAAUCGUAAAACACAAGAGCCCACAUCUGAAUCUGAACAAUACCAUACUACUCAGACUGCCUCAAAGAAAUUUAAUAGCCAAGCAUCAAGGGGAUGCAAAGUUGAACUCUGUAAAGAUAAAGAUAAUGGUGGUGCUUUCUGCAGCCACAAUAAACUAAGUCAUUCAAUUCAGAAGACUGAAAUUGCGACCUCAUUGUCAGACCCAACAGAUAUUCCUGACUGUCAAUCUGAUACACUUGGAAGUCCAUGCAAAAUAGGACAAAUGAGAGGCAGCAUCAAUCCCAGGACCAUGGGCGUCAAUGGACGCAAGAUCCAGACAAUGCCUAGCAGUUUCAAGCCCCUGAGCUCUUCUGUCAAAUCCUUAGUGUGUCCAAGUAACCAGAAUGGUAAAGUCCUCAUCAAUGAGACAUCAGUGCCUCCAUCUGGAAUGGCUUUCAGUAGCCUGAAAGAAAGAGCUACUGCAACAGGUACCAAACAGGCCGCUCGGGUGGCUAACAGUCGUGUCAGUGAGCUGGUAUUUGGAAGCCCUAGAAAACAAUUCUGGAGCUCCAGGGAUGGCAAUAGAAGUGUUCCAAACCUUAGCGACAGCAAGUCCAUUAAUUCCAUACCACCGUCCCCUUACAGCAAGAUCACGGCUCCACGGCAAUCGCAGCGAUACGGCAGCAGUCACUGCAGCGACAACAGCAGUGUACUUAGUGGGGAGCUGCCCCCAGCCAUGGGUCGCACCACUCUCUUCUACCACAGCAGGGACAGCGGGGGCAGUGCAGGCAGCAGUGGCUAUGAAAGCAUGAUGCGGGACAGCGAGGCCAUUGGCAGCACCUCCUCUACCCACAGCUCCAUGAGUGAGAGUGGGGAAUCAUCACCAAGCCACACCAAAAGUUCUAAGCUUUCCAAAAAGAGAGCAAAUGGCAGUCAGAGGCGACGGCUAAUUCCAGCUCCCAUGCCCAACAUUUUGUCCCUCGGCAGAAAAUUCACUAGCCAGAGGUCAGAUCACACUUUGCCUCUUAAGACGCCCUUUGAGAUCAAGGUAUACAAGAUCGAUAAUAUGCCGGAGAGGCCGCAGCAGGGGGCGCCAGAUGCUGGCACCACCCCCCUGCUCAGCUACAGGCCAACAGAUAUGCCGCGCCAGGAUGAAAAUGGUAGGGAGGCGCCGGCUGCAGAUUCAGCAGCCAGAAGGCCAACAGCGGAGGUUGAAGGAGGAGCUGGGAGAGGCCAAGCAAAAGUGGAUGAUAAACACAAGAAAGCCAGCAGGAAGAAGUGAGAAACAGGAAAGUGAGAGAAGGAUCAUGUCACUGAUGUGAUUUAUUUCUUUUUUAAUAUGGAUAUGUUUGACUGAUUAAAAAAGAUAAAGAACUAAAGCUGUUUUACAUGUGAAACAGCAGGUUACAGAAAUAACACCAAUCAUGGUCAAAAGAUCUUGAAAAUGAGAAUUUAACCCUGAGCUGUAACACUAUAUAACACUGCAUCAUCCAUACACGGGGGUAAUCACGUUCGUCCUGUUGAGCUCAUUGUGUUCACUUGUGUUACUACAGUGAUGCUUAUUAAUGCUAAUGGAACUUUUAAUGGAUUAACAGUUGGUCAGAAGUGAACAACUUUCUAUAACCAAAGUUCAAAAAUGUAUUCUAUUGUUUUCAAAUUUAUUAAAACUUACAUGAUUUCUUGCUCAUAACUGUAGCUCAGUAAGAAGGGCAUUGUGCUAACAAUGCAAAGGUCUUAUAAGUCACAUUUUUAGAGAGGUAAAUGUAAACUAAAGUUCUUUGGGAUAUAAGAAAUAAAAAAUUAAAUACAAAUGAUGCAAUCUAAUUUAAUUAUUAAAUCCUUUUACAACAUGCUUAAUUUAUGGCAAACAAAUCAUUCAUAGUAACAUAUAUUCUGCUUUAUCUUAUACAUCUUAUACUCAGCAAACUGAGUCCAAAACUGUAAAUUUUUUAUGAUUUGCAGAUUUGAAGCAUUACUUAGUUGCAAUUCAUUGUCAUAUUCUAUCAAGUUUUAUCUUAUUUUUUUCUAAGUUAACAGUUUUAUCUGGAAUGAAAAUGAAUAACAGAUAUAUUCACAUGCACAUGGUACUGCUGUCAGAUGCAGAGCUGAGGAAGCAGAAGAUCUUGUGCAACAAGCAUAUAUCACAUAUGAAAAUAACCAUCAAUCAAACACUCUCCAGGGAGGUUUAUAAAGACAAGUAUAACAACCUGCAGUCCAUAAAGUACCAUUCUGACAGUUUAUAGUCUUCACAUCCUUUACAUGAUAUGCAGCAGCUAUCAGAGGCGUUUAAUCCCUGAAGUGUUCACAUCCUUUUUCCUUUCCUCUAGCUGAGAUAGAGCAGAAAUGGGAAAAAGAGUCUCAGCUGCCAUUGAAGGCUCCAGAGCAGACCCAGGACACCUGGAAUACCAUGUUAAUGCAUACAAAUUGUGAUAAAGAUCUGCUUUGAUAUUGUGGUUUAGACAUUCAACAUGCAAGACGCAGUCAAAGUCUCAACACAUUGAAUUUGGAGGGCAAUAAUCUGUGUGCUGGGCAUCAAGCAUCGUCUUUGAAGAGGCUAAGAAAAGCAGCUGAAUGAUGGGCCACACCAGAGAAAGACAGAAUGUGGCUUUCAUCCUUCAUAAGAAGAAAAAAAACAAACUCAUUUUCACAGAUAUUUCCAUGCAACUGUAGUAGCACUGAACAUUUAAGAAAGCAAGAAGUUUAUUCCUUAAAGCAGUGUCAUUUGAAGCAUAUGUUUGACCACUUUCACAUUUCAGCCAAAGCUGUCCUCUUAGGCAAUCUAUUUCACUUUUGCCAUCUUUCCUAUAGUUAUUUCUUUCAAAAAUGAAUACGCUUUAAAAAUAUGUACCUAUGUCAUGCAUAAAUACAGAAUGUCUCAAUUUUUCCCUGCAUGAUGAGUCAGAAGUCAAAUAAGAUUUUGUUUUCAAAGUGCCUUUUAUGCUUUUAAAGUUAUGGGAAUUCUCUUUUAUAUCUAUGAACAGUAUUAUGGAAUGUUUCCUAUAAAUAAAUAUUUCAGAAAGGAGAGGGGUGGCCAGUAAUGUUAUAUAGGGCUUUGGGACUGCAGGUUUUUUUUUGUAUUUCAGUACUCAGUAUAUUUAUCAAAGCCAUCAUUUGGGUUUUGCGGGUUUGAAUAAUAUACAGGAUAUUAAACCGGUGGUGCCCAACCUUUUUUUACAGUAAGACUUGUUAUUACAAAGAAAACACCGUGACGAAUGACCAAAUCACAAUGGUAGGCUUUUUGGGGGCUCCACCUCACAGUAUAUUUUGUAAAAUGAGGGGGGUCCAACCUCACAGUAUAUUCUGCAGGUCAAGUGGUGGGUCCCCCUUUAGUUGGCUACCACUGACAUAAAGAAGUAUCCUUUAAUAAUCGUGUGAUCCACAUGGAAACAUGUGCAAUGAACCAUAAAAUUCUGACCGACUGGUCAGACAAUACUGUAAAAAAGUCUUAGGCAGUCAAAGAAAACUUUACUUAAAUGAUGUUGAUGAAAAACUA